UCCCGGUGUGCCAUUCCCGCAGUGCAGCGGUUCAUCAGCGAGGAUCGGCUCCCGCACCUGCUGCUCUAUGGCCCGCCCGGCACAGGGAAAACCUCCACCAUCCUGGCCUGUGCCAGGCAGCUCUACCGGGACAGGGAAUUCGGCUCCAUGGUGCUGGAGCUCAACGCCUCCGAUGACCGGGGCAUCGACAUCGUCCGGGGGCCCAUCCUGAGCUUUGCCAGCACCAGGACCAUCUUCAAGAAAGGCUUCAAGCUCGUCAUCCUGGAUGAAGCCGAUGCCAUGACCCAGGAUGCCCAGAAUGCCCUGAGGAGAGUGAUCGAGAAGUUCACGGAGAACACCCGGUUCUGCCUCAUCUGCAACUACCUGUCCCGGAUCAUCCCCGCCCUGCAGUCCCGCUGCACCCGCUUCCGCUUCGGGCCCCUCACCCCGGAGCUCAUGGUGCCGCGGCUGCAGCACGUCAUCCUGCAGGAAGGGGUGGACGUGACGGAGGACGGGCUGAAGGCUCUGGUGACCCUCUCGAGCGGGGACAUGCGCAGGGCCCUCAACAUCCUGCAGAGCACCUCCAUGGCCUUCGGGAAGGUGACGGAGGAGAACGUCUACACGUGCACGGGACACCCCCUCAAGUCGGACAUCGCCAACAUCCUCGACUGGAUGCUCAACCAGGACUUCUCCACUGCCUACCGAAAAAUCACGGAGCUGAAGACGCUGAAGGGCUUGGCCCUGCAGGACAUCCUGACCGAGCUCCACCUCUUCGUGCACAGAGUGGAUUUCCCGCCCUCCAUCCGCAUCCAGCUGCUGAUCAAGAUGGCAGAUAUCGAGUACCGGCUGGCCGCUGGCACCAGCGAGAAGAUCCAGCUGAGCUCCCUCAUCGCUGCCUUCCAAGUCACCAGGGACCUGGUGGUGGCCGAAGCCUGAGUCCUGCUGGGUGGAUCCUGGCUUGGAUCUCGCUGGAGAUGGGAGGGAUAGAGCUGGAGCUGCUCCCUGCAGCUUUCCCUUCCCAUUUCGGGAUCCUGGAGACCGCAGCCAGGACACAAGAGAGUUAUUCCCAGGAAAUACAGGUGCCUCUAAAGCCCA